AUGCCAUCGCUGAAAGGCAUACUGCAUGGUCGCGUAAUCACCACUGACGCGGGCCACCAGCAACAGGAGGGGGGCGGCGGUGGCCUUCGCCGCUCCAACGCAGUCAAGCACCACGGCCAGCAGCAGCAACAACAAGCGUCCGCGGGCACCACUCUCGAGGAACGCUACGAGUUUCCCAGGCGGGGAGUAGUCCGUACGAACACCGCUCCGGGCAUCGGGUCCGGCGCCCACGGCCCCACGGUUGUGAAUGCGCGGGCACGGGCAACUACCUCUGCGGCAGCGCAGCCGGGUUCCGAGUGGAGUUAUGUCCCGGUUAAUGCCAAGCCUCGACAGUACCAGGGUCUUGGUCCCAGUCAGCGAGAGCAGCUGGAGCGGCAUGCGCUGGAUAAUGAGCAUGAUCAGCGGACGCAGCGGUGGGUGGCUGACCAGCAGAAGCGCAUGGAGCUGACGCAGCCGGUGACGCGACAGCCGUUGCCGGUGCCUCCUCGGCCACCACAGUCUCAACUACGACCGGGACCACAGAUGCAGCAGCAGCAGCGACAGCAGCCGCAGCCCACCAUCCCCAGCAGCGGAAACCGACGGCCGUUCUUCAAGAACGAUAUGGAAGUGGAUGCCUGUGUGCGCAGCACCUCUUCCUAUGAAGUUGGGAUCCUGAACCAGGGGGAUUGGAGAACUGGUAAGUCGGUCCAUCCCGUGCAGGCCAGACGGCCGGUCCACGUCGUCACGCCCAGCCAGUGCCCUGUCUCCCGAGUCGCGUCGCCGGUCGAUGAGAUCUCCGAUCAGAGAGAGGCAACUCGUAGGGUCUUGCGGCGCAGGGAUUUACCCGAUAGGUGA